AAUGCAAUAGCCUUGUUUCAAGAUGGCUUUGCUGCGUAUAUUUGCACGUUGUAUGCUGUUAUUUAUCUUCGUUAUCAGUGCAAAAUCGGAUUCCCAAGAAACUGAWUGUUCAACAUCUCCAUACAGUAAAGUAGGUUGCUACAAACACUCAGAGAGCACUUCAGAGAACCUAGUAUGGAUAACACCAGGAGUAGCUCCAGAGGAUAUGCCAGAUUGGGAGACGUAUUUGAGUACUUUGGUGUGCCAGUGUUCUAGCUCGGCCAAAACUAAAGGCUUUACCUUUUUUGGAGUGAAGUACUACAAGYCAAAAAAUAGCUUAUUCUACAGGGGUUUGUGUUUCACAAUUCCCUUAGUGAACAAGCUCUUGCUCCAAGAAGACACCAACGGAUGUAUUGACUCUACUACAGGAGUUUGUGAUCCUAAUGAUGGCAGCGAUUGUAGCGGAAAAUCGUCUUCAAUCUUCAGUUACAGACGUACGUUCACAACAAAGUAUACAAUUGGCCGUUAAGACGCAGUUUCUUUGUUUAUUACUACAAUAAAUGUAAUAACAAUAAAAUAUGUCAA